AUGGAAAGCCAAAGUUUUGGAAUUCAUCAGAUAAAGAAAUAUGAUUUAAGACAAGAACUUGAAGGUAAAGUAAACAAUAUUGGUGAUGCUUCAGAAAUUUCAGUUUUAAGCAAAUGCCUUAAAUCUAAUCAUAAUGAAGAAUGGAGAAAACUUCUUAAUAAUGCUGCAAAUAAGCUUCAAACCAAGACUAUAAAAACUUUACAAAGCGCAAAAGCUAUUACUCUUACCUUCAAUGGUUGGAAAAAUGUUGCAAAGCAAAAUAUUCUUGUAUUACAGAAGAAGGAUUUAUUAAUGGAAGAUGAUUUAAAAAAUAUUAAGAUUAUUGCAGUUGUCACAGAUUUAUCAAGUGGAUAUGCUGCUGCACGUCACAAAUUAAGAAAAGAAUUAUCAACAAUAAUUUGGCUACCUUGCUUUGCUCAUCAGGCAAAUCUUUGUAUCGUUGAUAUUUUCAAGUCAUCGCAAUCUUUUUUUACUACAAUUAAGCAAGCUGUACCUUUCAGUAACUCACGGAACAAGUAUCCUAAUAAAAAAGCUUUACUUCUUUCUCAACCUGUUACAAGUAUUUUAGAUGAUCGCAAGUUUUUUAAUGAUCUUCGUAUAUUGAAAGCAAUACUAAAACCUUUUGUAGAAGCAAUUGUCUUGCUUGAAAAAAAUAAUACCUGUCUAUAUUAUGUUCUUAUUUGUUUUGAACAUUUUAGUCAAAUUUUAUCUAAAAGUGAAACUGACGAUCAAGAAAUUCAAGAAUUCAAGUCAAUAAUGAUAAAAUGUCUUGAAAAAUCAAGUAAUAUUUCUUUUGUGAAAUUAUACAAAUAUGCUCAAAUAUAUUAUGAAAUGUGGGCAGAAAAUAAGCCACAAACACUUGCUAAUAAAAUGACACAAUAUCAUGACAAGACAUUUUCUUUUGAUGAUUAUCAAGCCAACCAAUUUAAGAAUACACCACUUCAGUUUUGGAAAUAUGUCAAAGAAGAAGCACCUGAACUUGCAUUUAUUAUAUCAGUUAAUGUGGAGUCUAGUACAAAUCAAAUGAUCAAAGAAACUGAUAGUUCUGAUGAAGAAAUAGAACCUGAUUGUACUCAAGUUGUUUAUGAGUAG